UCUCUCAGACUGUUUUGGUCUUUUCACUGUUAGCAACGGAAAGAGCCCAAGCUAGCUGUGAACGUAUUUAGAAAAAAAAAAAUUAAAUCUUUUUUUAGGGUUUCAUAAAAAAUUGACAAGUGGCGUAACGUUUUUUGGGGGGAUUUCAGGAGCGCGUCGUCUUUUUAAAACUUGUUUUUUUUUCCUGUUUUAAAAAUAUUUGUACAGAUUGCUAAUUUGAGGGAGCAACUGUGCACCGGAGUUAGUUAGCAAGCGUCUUAGCAUAACAUUCACGUUGACAUUAGCCUGCUAGCACGUUGGCAAGCUGUCACCGAGGAAAUUCACGUCUGAAAGUUGUCAUUUUAAGACUUUGUUUUUUAUGGGAUCAUUAUGUCAUUGAAGACCGGUGGAAAUCGCAGCAAGCCCGGCGGUGGUAACACCGCUGGUGGUGGGGCCGCCUCCGGUGCCGGGGGAAGCGGCGGUGGAAGACAGAAUCUGGGCAGGGGAAGACACGGUGGUAAAGGUCCUGCAGCUGUCAUUUUCAGUGGUGUUUAUGCAAAUAUGAGGAUGGUCCACGUUUUGACUUCAGUGGUGGGGACAAAGUGUGAGCUGGAGGUGAAAAACGGUUCUGUGUACGAAGGCGUAUUUAAGACGUACGGUCCAGAGUGUGACCUGGUGUUGGAUGCAGCCCACAGAAAAAGCCCAGAGCCCACCACCGGCCCCAGGAAAGAAGAUAUUGUAGAAAGCAUCAUUUUCAAAGCUUCGGAUGUUGUAGUCGUGACUUUUAAAGACGUAGAUCCCAAUUUUGCUAGAAAAGUGUCCACUGAUACAGACAACUUCACAGAUGCAGCCGUCACUGGAAGGAUCAAUGGAGAGCACAAAGAGAAGGACCUGGAGCCCUGGGAUGGAGGUGAUGGUCACAAUUCGGACAGCCUCGAGUCUCUAGAUACAGAUGUGUCAAACGGAUGGGAUCCCAAUGAUAUGUUCAAGUACAACGAGGAGAAGUAUGGAGUCUUGUCCACGUAUGACAGCAGCCUGUCCACAUAUACACUCCCCUUGGAGCGUGACAACUCUGAAGAGUUCCUGAAGAGAGAAGCUCGUGCUGCUCAGCUGGCAGAGGAGAUUGAGGCCAGCGCCUCGUACAAGGCCCGCGUGGCGUUGGAGAACGAUGAACGCACUGAGGAGGAAAAGUACACUGCUGUGGUGCGAGGGGACAGGGAGACUCACACACUUGGCAGAGAGAACAAGUACGUUCCACCAGGUCAGAGGAACAGGGAGCCAUUGUCAUGGAGCACAGGGCGACAGAACUCUCCUCGUCUGGGUCAAGGUUCUGUUGGACCUUCAGCUCCUCGGCCGGGACCCCACGACUACAGUCCCAACUCUGGGACAGACCAGAGAGUGGUCAACGGAGGUUCAUCCCAUUGGCCCUCACCCUGUCCGUCUCCUUCCUCUCGUCCCCCCUCUCGUUACCAGUCUGGCCCCUCCUCUCUGCCUCCUCGGGCGACCACGCCCACAAGACCACCCUCCAGACCCCCCUCUCGACCUUCCAGGCCUUCCUCUCAUUCGUCCCAUCCCUCCUAUUCUUCCUCUUCAUCCUCCUUUUCUCACCAUGGGCCCACGUCGCCAGCCUCCACUCUGCCCAAACGCAUGUCUUCAGAAGGCCCUCCCAGGAUGUCUCCAAAAUCCCAGCGCACCCCUCGUUCUCACAGAGUGCCCCCCUCUCGAAUCAGUGGAAUGCCCCCCGGAGUGGACUUGAUUUCCCACAAUUCACCAGGAGAGGCGCCAAGCGGUCCACCCAACAGGAACAACUCUUCUGAAGGAACCUGGUCCUCGGUAGUCAGUGGAGCUCACCGACCUCGUUCACCCCGACAAAACAGUAUGGGGGGGAGCUCCCCCGGCUCCUCCUCCCUCCCCUCGCCCCAGACUGAAGCGCUGACAUCCGCCUCUUCACCCACAACUGCUAGCCCCACCCCAAGUAUGGUCACGUCUCCAACAGGAGAUGCUAAAGAAUGUCGCGUCCAGGAGACGAGACAGACACCCCCGUCAGCAAACAAGGACAUCAUCAAGUCCCUGGACAGUUCACCUAGUAUUAAUAGAGGGGUCUGUAAAGGACCUCCUUCAAUGCCAUCAGACCACAGGAAACAAAUAGAUAAUCUGAAGAAAUUUAGUGUAGAUUUUAAGCUUCAGUCUAGUUCAAACUCAGACACAAGUUUUGAAGUGAACACCAAACCUGUCAGAGAUCCAGCCGAAAAGCCGAAAGAUCUUCCUCUAGACAAAGCGUCCGCAGCGGGACGGGACGCUGCCGAGGAUAAUGGUGCAGGGAAUUCUGCUCAAGCUUCGGAGGCUGCGCCGGUUCCCCCCACUACCAGUACAAACGCUAGUAAACCGGAUAGCCCUGCUGCCCUUUCUCCAUCUCCUUCAGCAGCAGACGCCAAGAGGACGGGCCUGGAUGUGACGUCCCAAGGAGUUCAGACGUCUACACUGAGCGGAUCCAAACACGAGGACAAGGAGGAGAAAAAGGAGGCAGUACAAGAUCAAGUACGAAAAUCAACUCUGAACCCAAAUGCUAACGAGUUCAAGCCCAGGUUCAACAGUCAGCCCAAACCCGCCAACACCCCCACACCCCCCCGGCCCCAGGGCCAGCCCAGCCCCUCCAUCGUGGUCCCUCCUCCUCAGACUGUGUACGGGCAGCCAGUCUGCUUCCCUCAGAUGUAUCCGCUCACACCUGUCAGUCCUGGAGUUCAGAAAAGCAUAAUAUGGAAGUCUCCAGCCAUGUACCAGGUUCAGAUGCCUCACAUGACAGUCAGCCAGUCUAAACCCUACAGACCAGGUAAAGUACCUAACAUGGGCCAGCAGAGGUCAGACCAGCACCACCCGCCUGGUACCCCCACCAUGAUGCACCCAGCAACGGCACCGGGCCCCCAGAUUGUAGCGCCGAGCCAAGCCUACUCUGCCCAGUACUUCACCUGCAGUCCACAGCAGUUCACCAGCCAGCCGCUGGUGCAGCAGAUGCCCCACUACCAGUCACAGGCUCAGCACGUCUUCAGUCCAGUGAUGCAGGGUGGAACUCGGAUGAUGGCGCCUCCGACACACGGCCAACCCAGCCUGGUAUCUUCCUCAACUACUCAGUACCAUGAGCAGACCCACACCAUGUAUGUGUCUGCAGGGCCAAUGCCUCAGCAGUACCCUCACCCCAGUGCCACCUUACACCCACACCCACAGCAUCCCCAGCCGUCUGCCACCCCCACAGGCCAAGCUCAGCAGGGCGGUCCUCCCCAGCACGGAGGUCCUCCGAACCACCCCGCCGCCAGCCCCGUGCAGCAUCCUCAGCACCAACAGGCAGCAGCAGCGGCAGCGGCGGCAGCCCAGGCCCUCCACAUGGCCAGCCAGCCCCCACAGCAGCAGAUGUACUCCGCUUUGGCCGCCACGCCCCCCUCAAUGACGCCCGGCCCGAACCCGCAGUCCCCUCAGGCGUCGUUCCCCUCUGCCCAGCAGGCUGUCUACAUCCACCCUCAGCAGGUGCAGCACGGCUACAACCACAGCCACAUCGCUCACGUGCAGCAGGCCCACAUGCAGUCCGGGAUGGUGCCGUCACACCACCCGGGGCCCACCCACCCUCCCAUGAUGCUCAUGGCCACCCAAGGUCCUCCAGGGGGUCCGCAGGGACCCAUGGCCCAGACCGCCCUGAACCCAAUCCCCGUUUCUUCCACCACACAUUUCUCUUACCUGGCACAUCCACAAGGUAGAGUGAACAGCUACCAUUUGACUGAAGUCCUCUGAUGUUUUCCACUCAAAAUACGACAAAUCCUGGAGAGAGGGAGCUUUAUGUUUUCAAUGUUUUGGUUCUGAGCAGAGGUUCUAGCUCCGGCUCCUUUUCCCUCUGCCGCCGGAGCUUUGGCUUCAGUGUUUAUAUUCUUUUGACCACCAUAAUUCUUCAGCCGUUUACAGAAUUAACGGUAUUGGCAUUGAUUGCAUAAACGGUUGAAAAAUGGCAGCAUGUCAGAGAGCCGGUGCUAUUUAAAGAACGAGCUGCAGGACUUUCAAACUGCCGACUAAGGGAAUAAGGGAAUUCUCUAAAUCUGGAUUUUUACGUCCACAUCACUCUCCUUCAACCGAGGAAAACCAGUUUUGAGUUAUGGGGAUUUAAACCUCGUUAUGUAGCCUCAUCAUUUUUUCUGUUAUAUCGCCAAUCAUUGCAUUGGAUUUAGUGUGUAUCUGCAGCAAUUAGGUCAACAAGACGGCAUCAUUUCUUUGUAUUUCCUAAUCAAUUCAUAAAUUCUUAGCUAGAUUUGACAUUUCUGUGUGUUUUUGUAUUUUUGUUUUUAUUGCCUGUGGAUGAAAAUAUGCCUCAAAACUCAGCUUCAUUUAGCUGGAAAUUAACUGAUGGUUUAUUUUUCUAGGUUGAAUCCAAAUUCCCUUCACUGCUUUCUUAGAAAUUUCCAAGAAGUCUCUGUAAAAAAAAAAAAAAAAAACAUAACAUAAGUGAAUUCAUAGUUAGUCUUCGUAAAAUGUUCAUAUUUAUUAGGUUUUUACUUUGGGAAAUCGGUGACGUCAUGUUCGGCAUUUAAAAUAAAUCAAUAAUGAACUCCAGGACAGUGGACAUCCCCACAGUGAGUGGAUUCAGGCGUGGCCCCAGGCUUCAUGCAGCAGCUUCUACAGGUUCUACAACAUUUCUUUUCCAUGCUAUUCUCCUUUUCUUUUUUUCUUAAGCAGUGCACUGUCAACCUACUCUAUUAAAUUGAUUGAAAUGUCUUUUUUCUUUUUUAAUAUUAUUUUUACAUCCCGUUUGGUUUACUUGCAGUGCAACCUCAUCAGCAGCAGCUGUAGAUAGAGGGCGCCAGCGAGCCAAGGGACCUGCUCUGCAUCAUGCUUCUCAACCAGAGCCUUCAUCAGCAGCCCAUGAAGAGGAGACUGAGACACCCCCCCCCCCCCCCGCCUCUUCUCUUUUAUCAUCUUUGCCAGAUCAGCUUCACAUCAGGAACCCCCCCCCCCCCCCCCCCUCCUCCCAGACUAGGCAAUAAGAGAAUGUUAACAAGCUAAUGCAGUAAAGUUCUAACAAGAUAGUUUUACUGAAAUGACGGCAUCUGAGGAGAGCCUGCCCCCCCCCCACACACACACACGGUCAGGGCCACAGAAUGCAGCUUUUCUGUUUGCCACGUAAGAUGGAAAAGAGAGAGAACAUCCAGAGUAAAGAGGAUUUAACUGGAAUUAGUAUUUAGUCUGCACCUUGAUUUGAAGAAAAGGAAAUAUUGCGACUUUUAGACAGUAUUAAUCCUACUGUUUGCUGCUGCUGCUGCCGCCGCCGCUGCUGCUACAUGCUGCGUUUGUUUCCAGACCACACCACCAGUUUCUAACCAAACUAAAAGUGACCUGGAACUCCAUGUGAAAGAAACAGACUUCAGCAGCCAAGUGGAAACGGAGAAACCUUAUUUAUGACAAAAAUAAGAAAUUCUAAAGGCUGAGGUGAUCCCACUUCUCAUCUGACCCAUAAGUAACUUUUAAGUUAAAACUUUUACUUUGUAGAUAAUAUAAAUAAUUUAAAAAUGAGCAAAAAAAUAAAAACAAUAAAAAAAGUUUUAAAAACUG